AUGGUUAAAGUCAAUGAAAACUUUGGCAAACUUACGCUAAUUUGGUUAAUUUUUUUGUUCUCUCGCAAUAUUAAAGCCUUGCGGUAUUCACCCGGAUCGGGAGAUGAAAACUGUGAAACGGUCAAGUCAGAAAUACACUUGAUAAAAGAAGAAUUUGACGAAUUAGGACGUAUGCAACGCACCUGCAAUGCCGAUGUAAUGGUCAAUAAAUGCGAGGGCUUAUGUAACAGCCAAGUCCAACCAUCGGUUAUAACUCCUACGGGGUUUCUGAAAGAGUGCUAUUGUUGUCGCGAAAGCUAUCUAAAGGAACGCAUCGUUACACUUUCUCAUUGCUAUGAUCCAGACGGUACUCGUCUAACAAUGCCCGAUAUGGCUACCAUGGAUAUACGCUUACGUGAGCCGACCGAUUGUAAAUGUUUUAAAUGUGGUGAUUUUUCACGUUGA